AUGACCCGUCUAAUGACUCUAAAGAACGUCGCUCUAAUCCUUUCCUCGGCUCUUCUCGCUGCUGCUCAGCAAAACAUUGACACUCAAUGUCCCGGUUAUAACGCCACCAACGUCUCCAACAUCCGCAACGGCUUCAAGGCUGAUCUUGUCCUUGCUGGAAACGCUUGCAACGUCUAUGGCACCGACAUUCCAAAGCUCUCGUUGACAGUGACGUACGAGACUGACAACAGAAUUCACAUGAAGAUCAUUGACCCUGCAAACUCACGGUACGAAGUCCCCGAGAGCGUCUUCCCGCGACCGUCUUCUUGGGGCGGCACCCGAACGUCGCCGAACAUCAAGUUCAACUAUGUCAAAGCACCGUUUAGUUUUACCAUUACCAGGUCUACCACCAACGAAACCCUCUUCAACACCACGGGCUUCCCACUCGUCUUUGAGCCACAAUACCUCCGCGUAAAGACGUCGCUCCCGGCUCGUGCAAACAUCUAUGGUCUCGGAGAACACACCAAUUCCUUCCGACUUCCUCCGGGGAAUACCACGAGGACAAUGUGGAACCGCGACGCGUACGGUGUGGCGAAUGAGACUAACCUGUACGGCGACCACCCCAUCUACUUUGAACAUCGUACAACGGGAACUCAUGGCGUCUUUCUUCUCAAUUCGAAUGGAAUGGACGUCAAGCUUCGAGGUGAUGAUAAUGGUGGUUCACUCGAGUACAAUGUCAUUGGUGGAAUUCUCGACUUUUACUUCCUCGCUGGUCCUUCUCCCAUCGAACUGUCAAAGCAGUACGCCAAGCUCGUCGGUCUUCCAGCAGAGAUUCCCUAUUGGGGUCUCGGGCUACACCAGUGCAGAUACGGAUACCAGAACUAUCUUGAAGUCGCACAAGUCGUCGCCAACUAUUCUGCUGCGAACAUUCCGUUGGAGACGAUGUGGACGGACAUUGACUACAUGUACGAGCGCCUAGUGUUCACCAACGAUCCAAACUACUUCCCAAUGGCUCGCAUGCGGGAGAUUGUCAGCGACCUUCACGCCAGAGGACAACAGUAUAUCGUCAUGGUUGAUCCCGCCGUCGGAGUCAAGCCAGGUGUAUCUACGGCAUAUGAUCGUGGCCAAGCUCUGGGAAUCUGGAUGAAGAAUCCCAACGGGACCAACUUCGAAGGCUUGGUCUGGCCCGGUGUGACUGUCUGGCCAGAUUGGUUCAAUCCAAAGACCCAAGCAUAUUGGACAAACGAGUUUGCACUUUUCUUCAAUCCCGAGACUGGACUCAACGUCGAUGGCAUCUGGAUUGAUAUGAACGAACCCGCUUCUUUCUGCGAGUACCCUUGUGCUAAUCCAUCCGCCGAAGCCAGCUCUCAGAACUUGCCACCAAGCAGGACGAGCCCACCCCCAGACAAGACUGCCUCGCUCCCCAUCGGUACCACCAUUCCUAGUCUUACCGCUAGUCUCCUCAAGCGUGGAAGCAACUAUACCGACGUUCUCAACCCACCAUACGCCAUUGGAAACGUCUUGCCUCACCUCAGUGAUCGAACUGCCUUUACAAACGUCGUCCAUGCCAAUGGUUUGAUUGAAUACGAUACGCACAAUUUGUACGGCACGAUGAUGUCGACGGCCACUCGUGAGGCUCUCCUUACUCGAAGACCUGGAAAACGUCCGUUUGUCAUCACUCGCUCGACCUUUGCUGGUGCUGGUGCCAAGGUUGGCAAGUGGCUCGGUGACAAUCUUUCCACUUGGGAUCACUACCGCAACUCGAUUGCGGGUAUGCUCGGCUUUGCUUCCAUCUAUCAAGUUCCCGAGGUUGGAAGCGACAGCUGUGGAUUCGGAGGCAACACGACAGAGACGCUCUGUGCACGAUGGGCAACUCUUGGUGCAUUCAACCCCUUUUAUCGCAACCACAACGGCGACACGUCCAUCUCUCAAGAAUUUUACCGCUGGCCAACGGUCGCACAAGCUGCGCGCAACGCCAUUGACAUGCGCUACCGCUUGCUCGAUUACUUCUACACUGCCCUCCACCAAGCGCACGUCGACGGAACGCCCGUCCUCCAGCCUCUAUGGUACCAAUACCCGACCGACUCGAAUACGUUUGGCAUCGACUUGCAAUUCCUCUUUGGCGAAUCCGUCCUCGUCUCGCCUGUCACACAAGAAAACGUUACCGACGUAUCCAUUUAUCUCCCCAACGACUACUUCUACGACUUCAAGUCGUACACGUUCAUCAACGGUACAGGCUCGACGACGCAGUUGACCAAUGUCGCCUACACCGACAUCCCCGUCUACAUCCGCGGUGGCGCUGUCCUUCCUCUCCGCGUCUCGAGCGCAUAUACAACAAAGCAGCUCCGUCAAAAGGACUUUGAGCUCGUCGUUGCGCCGAGCAAGUCUGGCCAGGCAUCGGGGACAUUGUACAUUGACGAUGGCGAGUCGCUCGAGCAGUCGAGUACCUAUACAGCACAGUAUACGUACAAGGACAGAAAGUUGACCGUCAAGUCUCAGGGAAAUUACAAUGUCGGAUCGCUCAAGUAUCGCAAUGUUCGCAUUCUGGGGCUGUCGGGUCGCCCGAAUAACAUCAGCCUCAAUGGACAGAAUGUCGCUAGCAAUAUGGUGCAGUACAAUGACACGAGCAAGAGUGUCUCCGUCAACGUUACGCAACCCCUGAAAAAACACCUUUACGCUCAAGUGGUCGUAGGGAUAGACAAACGGAACGAAUCAUUGUCAUGUAAACGGGUAGAUGACUGA